ACGGGGAGCCCAGCGCCGACACAUCCCCGCCGCCUCUCCUCCGCGGACGCCGCCGUCACCGCCCGCUGCCCAUGCGCGCUGCGGCCGCGCAGGCGCAGGGGCGAGGCCGGGGCCGGGCCGGCGGGCAGCCAUGGUGUACAUCUCGAACGGACAAGUUUUGGAUAACCAGAGUCGGGCUCCCUGGAGGUUGUCAUCUAUAACAGAUUUCUUCUGGUCAAUAGCAGAUUUUGUGGUUCUGUUUUUCCAGAGCAUUAUUCAACCAGAUUUAAGAAGAAGAGGCUACACAUCUUCCUCCUAUUCAGGAUACCAUGAUGGAAGAGGGCCUCCAGCAAAUCCUCGCCGUCGGAUGGGCCGAAUAAAUCACUGGGGUGGAGGCCCCAGUCCACCCCCAAUGGCUGGAGGUGGAUGAGGAAGGUAAACGCCUGCUGAAGAGGCAGGCACAAGCAUACACAUCAGCCAGAUGAAAAGAAGAGUUUAGUGGUGGACCAAAUGGGGAUGUGUAUGCCUGACUGGAAACUGUUCUGUGAUAGGAGCAGAUCAAUGAAGUUGUACUGGGAACUCCUUCCUCAAGGAUCCGGUGUAACUGAACCACAGUUUCAUUAAAUACAUGUUUACUGUCUAAAGUCUUUGUAUAGUUUCUGAACAUUUUACUGUAGUUGCAAAGUUAUAAGUAAAUUAUAUUUGGCUUGUCA